AGCGCGUCACAUCGGAGCACUGCGGCGAGGCGGCUGAGUGUCGGCGGGAAGUUGUUAUCGGCAUAUUCAUUACAAAUUCCCCAGAAAGUAAACGGACGGCAUUUUCUACCCACCGCUAUUCCCCUCCGUGUCAUUAAUGGCCGUGCGGUCCUAGAGCGAGCCCCGGGGGAAGCGCCACCAUGGCCGGGAACCAGCUGGCAGCGCAGGCCGUGAGCAAGCCCGCCUCAGGGAAACAUGGCAACGUACUGCCCCUGUGGGGCAACGAGAAGACCAUGAACCUCAACCCCAUGAUCCUCACCAACGUACUCUCCUCGCCCUACUUCAAAGUGCAGCUCUACGAGCUCAAGACCUACCACGAAGUGGUGGACGAAAUCUAUUUCAAGGUGACUCAUGUUGAGCCCUGGGAAAAAGGAAGCAGAAAGACAGCGGGCCAGACUGGAAUGUGCGGAGGGGUGCGUGGAGUUGGGACUGGCGGAAUUGUAUCUACUGCUUUUUGUCUUCUUUACAAACUGUUUACUCUCAAGCUUACUCGCAAACAACUGAUGGGUCUCAUCACACACACAGACUCGCCAUACAUCAGAGCACUUGGAUUCAUGUACAUAAGAUACACUCAGCCCCCAACAGAUUUACUGGAGUGGUACGAUGGUUUCCUGGAUGAUGAGGAGGAGCUUGACGUAAAAGCUGGUGGAGGCUGUGUAAUGACCGUUGGAGAGAUGCUGCGCUCAUACCUAACCAAACUGGAAUGGUUUUCCACUCUGUUCCCCCGCAUCCCAGUCCCUGUGCAGAAGCAAAUUGACCAGCAAAUGAAGGCACGGCCUCGGAAAAUAGCUCAGAAGGAAACACCGGAGGAAGAUGCUACCGCCACAGAGUCCGGAAGACAAGUAGAACGCCGCCGCUCUAGGUCACCCAGACGGUCACCGAGCCCAAGGCGGUCUCCCAAGCGGUCUCCCAAACGGUCGCCCAAAAGGUCGCCAAAGCGGUCUCCCAAACGAUCGCCCAAACGCUCACCCAAACGGUCAAGGAGCAGAAGCCACCACCACGAGAAAGAUCACCACGGUCCCAGCUUUGAUCGUGAGCUGGAGAGGGAGCGGGACCGUCAGAGGAAGGAGAGGGACCGAGGGGACAGAGGGGACAGGGAACGGCGGCGGUCCCGUAGCGCAGACAGGGAAAGACGACGAUCGCGCAGCGUAGACAGAAACCAAGAUCGACGAGAACGCAAAAAAAGUCGCAGCGGCAGCCGGGACCGGAGGAGCGAACGCAAGGAGAAGGACAGAGAUGGAGGGGAUGACAGGAUCAGGAAGAAAGAUCGGGACCAUCACAAGGAUAGAGGCACAGAGAGCGAAAAGUCCAAGGAUAAAAAGAACAGGGGAGAGACUGAUGAGCGAAGGCAUAAAGAGGAUAGGGAGAGGCACAGGGAAGACAAGAAGAGCAAGAGGUCGAGCCGCAGCAAAAGUCGAGACAGGAAGCAUAGAAGUGGGGGAGAGGACAAGAGCAGGAGAAGAGAGCGCAGCCACAGCAGAGAGAGGGACAGGGAGAGGGAUGGAGAGCAGCGCUCUCACAAACGCAGCCGUAGCAAAGACAGGAGCCAUCAUCAGCGAGAGACCAGUAACGACCACAGUAAACAUAGUGAACGCAGAAGGAGUCGGAGCACUGAGUAAAUGUUGCAAUAUUACUUCAGUUCCUGUAUUUUUCUUCUCUUUCUCUAUUCAACUGUCUGAUCAGUCUGUUGUGCUGAGGAAGAUUAUUAGCACGUCAGACACCAGGAGUUGUUGUCUCUGGCCAAUGUAAUGUUGCUUUUUUUUGUUGUUUUCUGCUGUUUUGCUCCCUGUUAGAGCAUCGUUAGUCCUCACUUGAGAUCUGUAAAAAUGACAAACGGCAUUUUAAUUUUCUACGGUUCUUUUUUCUGCCCAAAGAUAUUGGUUUGUACAUAAUGUCUGCAGACUGUCUACACACUAUUAUUGGGCCGAGUUUGACGCAACGGAUCAGCUCCACACUGUCAACAUGUAUGUAAAUGUGUAAGAGAUAAACAAAAUUGACCUGUACAAAAGCAAUACAUGCAUAUUAAGAUUUAAAUAAUGUUGAAGUGCAGAUGUGAACGGAUUGAGUUCAGACUUCAGCUUCAACGUAAGAGUGCUGUGGAUCAGUCGGUGCUGCACACUUCUCCCUGUGAUCUUGUGUAGACAAUCUGGGAAUAUUUUAAUCCUUUCAAGGGCAGUCUGCGAAGGAUCAUUUUUACCACACACACUUGAUCCCUGCUUGUGUUGUGUUUGAGUUAUUGUUCUCUUGCAUUUUAUUUUCUAAUAAAACACUUUUACAAAUGA